CUACCCAACCUUAUUAAAUUAUAAAUAGACAGUGAGGUGGAAGAGCAAAUAAGCCAUUCACAUAUCUUACAGGCAAGGCAAAGGCAAGAUGAGUGAAGAGCCAAAGGGAAAGGUGAUAACCAUCCUCGCCAUCGACGGCGGGGGCGUGAGGGGGAUCAUCCCCGCCACCAUCCUCCACUCCCUCGAAUCUCACCUCCAAGAACUCGAGGGACCCAAUGCCAGGAUCGCCGACUACUUCGACAUCGUGGCCGGGACGAGCACCGGCAGCCUCAUCGCCGCCAUGCUCACCGCCCCGGGCGACGACGGCCGCCCCUGCUUCACCGCGGCGGAGAUCCCUCCCUUCUACAAGAAGGAGUCUCCCUAUAUCUUCAAGAAACCGGUCAUUCACCCACUGGCCACAACUACUACUCCGGCUGCCGGCGGCGGCCGCCUUGCGCAGCAGCUGCCUGAGUUCUCCGAAGCAGAUAUCCCUCCUUUUUACAAGCAACAGCCUAACCCUGCCGCCCUACUCCAAGGAAUGCCGCCUGAUCAAGUCCAACUGUAUAGUAUUCUUGAUUUGUGGGAUUGGUUCAAGAGAUUGGGCUCUGCAGCGAAGUGGGUGAUUGAUUUCGUGGUGCAAAUAGGGUUCCGCCCCAAGUACGACGGGGCUUACCUGCACGACAAGAUCAAAAGCAUUGUUAGAGACACUAAGCUCAACCACACGCUCACUAACGUCGUCAUCCCUGCCUACGACGUUCACCGUUUGAAAACCGUCGUCUUUUCCUCUCUCCAGGCAAGAAGGGACGCGUCGAAGAAUCCGAAACUCUCAGAUGUGUGCAUUUCGUCUUCUGCGGCGCCUAUUUUCUUCCCUCCCCAUAGCUUCAAGCUGCAAUCCUCUCAAGGGAUUGAAGAGUUCAACCUCGUCGACGGAGGCGUCGCAGCCAACAAUCCUGGGACGCCGCGCAUCACGGACGUGUUCAUGGGGGCGAGCGACGAGAUGGUGGACGUGUACACGGAGAUGGUCCUCGAGGGCGCGGCCUGCCCGGACAACUACCUGAGGAUCCAGUACCAGGGCAUGAAGUACGACGAGUGCCUCGUGGACGACUCCAGCCUGGACUACCUUGACAAACUGCAAGGGUUCGCCAAUGAGAUGCUGGGCGAUCCGGUUUCGGGUCCCUCCGCAAAAGUUCCCACCAAUGAAGAGGCUCUCGCUGCGUUUGCGCGUAACUUGGUCAGUAACAAGAAGAAGAAGAAGUAGCUAGCUAGUAGUCAUCAAAUGAAUGGGAACGAGUUUGAUUUGAUUGUAUUAAUAAGGGUUCCACAUCUGGAUCAAUCAGAUGUACCUACUAUACCCACGUCGUACUUAUAUGUGUGUCAUGUGUUCGAUCAAUAACGUGUUUUGGAGUGUUUUCAGAUAAUUGACUUUUCGUGAGGCCAUGCAUGGACUCAGUCUGCAUGCAUGCCCAUGGCAAGCACAUUAUUAUUGUGUACGUCUUACGUAGUAGUCAAUGAAUAUUGUUAUUAUGUACUGGAUGGAUUGUUGGUGAUCUUUAAUUUGUGUACUGGCUCGAAAUAAAUCAAAGUCGGCAUC